AUGAGCCCCGGGCUGCUGCUGCUCGGCAGCGCCGUCCUGCUCGCCUUCGGCCUCUGCUGCGCCUUCGUGCACCGCGCUCGCAGCCGCUACGAGCACAUCCCCGGGCCGCCGCGGCCCAGUUUCCUUCUAGGACACCUCCCCUACUUUUGGAAAAAGGAUGAGGUUUGUGGCCGCGUGCUCCAAGACAUGUUUUUGGAUUGGGCUAAGAAGUACGGCCCCGUUGUGCGGGUCAACGUCUUCCACAAAACCUCGGUCAUCAUCACGAGCCCCGAGUCGGUCAAGAAGUUCCUGAUGUCAACCAAGUACAACAAGGACUCCAAGAUGUACCGCGCCAUCCAGACUGUGUUUGGAGAGAGGCUGUUUGGCCAGGGCUUGGUGUCGGAGUGCGACUACGAACGCUGGCACAAGCAGCGGCGGGUCAUAGAGCUGGCCUUCAGCCGCAGCUCGCUGGUCAGUCUGAUGGAAACGUUCAACGAGAAGGCGGAGCAGCUGGUGGAGAUCCUGGAAGCCAAGGCCGACGGGCAGACCCCCGUGUCCAUGCAGGACAUGCUGACCUGUACCACCAUUGACAUCCUGGCCAAGGCAGCUUUCGGGAUGGAGACCAGCAUGCUGCUGGGUGCCCAGAAGCCCCUGUCGCAGGCGGUGAAGGUGAUGUUGGAAGGCAUCAGUGCAUCCCGUGACACUCUGGCGAAGUUCCUGCCAGGGAGGAGGAAGCAGCUCCGUGAGAUCCGGGCGAGCAUCCGCCUGCUGCGCCAGGUGGGCAAGGACUGGGUCCAGCGGCGCCAGGAGGCCCUGAAGAGAGGCGAGAACGUCCCGGCCGACAUCCUCACCCAGAUCCUCAAGGCCGAGGAGGGAGCCCAGGACGAUGAGGUUCUGCUGGACAACUUCGUCACGUUCUUCAUCGCUGGCCACGAGACCUCUGCCAACCACUUGGCGUUCACAGUGAUGGAGCUGUCUCGCCAGCCCGACAUUGUGGCCAGGCUGCAGGCCGAGGUGGACGAGGUCGUCGGUUCGAAGAGGCACCUGGACUGUGAGGACCUGGGGAGGCUGCAGUACUUGUCCCAGGUCCUCAAGGAGUCACUGCGGCUGUACCCGCCCGCCUGGGGCACCUUUCGCCUGCUGGAGGAGGAGACCCUGAUCGACGGGGUCAGAGUCCCCGGCAACACCCCGCUCCUGUUCAGCACCUAUGUCAUGGGGCGCAUGGACACAUACUUUGAGGACCCGCUGACCUUCAACCCUGACCGCUUCAGCCCCGGCGCACCCAAGCCCCGCUUCACCUACUUCCCCUUCUCCCUGGGCCACCGCUCCUGCAUCGGGCAGCAGUUUGCUCAGAUGGAGGUGAAGGUGGUGAUGGCCAAGCUGCUGCAGCGGCUUGAGUUCCACCUGGUGCCCGGGCAGCGCUUCGGGCUGCAGGAGCAGGCCACACUCAAGCCGCUGGACCCCGUGCUCUGCACCCUGCGGCCCCGGCGCUGGCAGCCCACGCCCCCACCCCCGCCCUGCUGA